AGUCAAGCGGUCACAUCGACAAGAUAAUAUUAAUAACAAACAAAUUAUUUACAGAUUUGACCAAGAUUUCAACCUGAGACCGUAUGCGAAAUAUUUUUUUGCGUCUAAGUAACUAAAUGUGCCAUGAUUGUGAGGUUUUUUUCUGAUUUCUUAAUGACCAUCGUAGCAGCUAGUUACCUUGCUUAGCAAACGUUAUUCUCCGUAGUUAGGGUUGUCGACCUCCCAUAGGCCUGGUUAGCAAAUUUGUUAAACAUCAUACUUUUGAGUUUAAAUUAGAGAAUUAGUUUGUUAUUUUCCUCUCCCUUUUGAAAAUUGAGAAUUUGCAAAAGCAUGGCAGAGGAGGGUGCAGUGGUAAUGCAGCAAAUGAUGGACAGGAGUUGCUGGGUAUGUUUUGCCACCGACGAGGAUGACCGUACAGCGGAGUGGGUUCGGCCGUGCCGUUGUCGCGGCUCCACGAAAUGGGUACACCAGGCGUGUCUCCAGCGUUGGGUGGACGAGAAACAGAGGGGUAACAGCACGGCCCGCGUGGCCUGCCCACAAUGCAACGCUGAGUACCUCAUCGUCUUCCCCAAACUCGGACCUGUGGUGUACGUGCUGGACCUGGCUGACAGGCUCAUCUCUAAAGCUUGCCCAUUUGCUGCAGCAGGCAUCAUGGUGGGGUCCAUCUACUGGACGGCAGUCACAUACGGAGCCGUCACAGUCAUGCAGGUGGUGGGCCACAAGGAAGGGUUGGAUGUAAUGGAAAGAGCAGAUCCUCUCUUCCUGUUGAUUGGCUUGCCCACCAUCCCUGUCAUGCUCAUUCUAGGCAAGAUGAUUCGCUGGGAGGAUUACGUGCUCCGCCUUUGGAGGAAAUACUCCAAUAAGCUGCAUUUCCUCAGCGCCUUCUUCCCAGGAAUUGGAUGCCCGGUGCCCAGGAUUCCAGCGGAGGCCAGCCCUCUGGCGGAUCACGUUUCCGCCACCCGUAUUUUGUGCGGCGCCCUGGUGUUCCCCACCAUUGCCACCAUCGUGGGGAAACUCAUGUUCAGCUCCGUCAACUCCAACCUCCAGAGGACUAUACUGGGUGGCAUAGCUUUUGUGGCCAUUAAAGGAGCCUUUAAAGUGUAUUUUAAACAGCAGCAGUACCUACGGCAGGCUCAUCGCAAGAUUCUCAACUUCCCUGAGCAGGAGGAGGCCUGAGAGAACAUGCCCCCACAAAGACUCCAUUUCCCAUAACCCCCCACUCUCACUCAAUGCUCUUCUGUGUACAAAGAAGUCAUUACUGCGUGCUGCUCGGAUUGCCAUGGCGAUAAUUACAAAGAUUGAGAUUUUACAAAAAGAGAUGGAGAGGAACGCCUUGUGAAUAUACUGACACUAAUGUUUUGCACCGUGUCUAGACACUUGCACAAAAAAAGCUCUUUUUUUCUCUCUCUCACUCUCCUUUCUCUUGAGAAUGUGACUUUUGUGUUGUGUCUGUGUUUGGGUAGAAAUGCAGGCUAUAUUCUCUAGUUUCAAUCAAAUUUGGGAGCGGUACUAUCCAUCUUUUUUUUUUAUUUUAUGAGUUUGUAACCUUUUAAAGAGUGAAUAGGGAUUGAUGCCAGUUUUAUAAUAAUAAAAGAUUGUUUUAUAAUGUUACUCCUGCA